CGGAGGGGAUGGAGGGAGAGGAGUGAUUGCAACAACAGAAGCACCAAUCGAACAACCGACGAUGGAGUUCAGCUGUCAGUUACGGAUUCUUGAACUGAACGGUGCACCUGCGGUCUUCAAUUCUCGACUCGCAGACAGCAACUCGCAGGAGUUUCGUGAUGUAGUGAUCAUUAUUCGCCAGGCAGUGAUUGCAGCCCUUCGCAGGUCACCCAGGACAUCCAAUGUAGUGGAUUAUGUAGUGAUCUCGGUUCGUGACGGGAGUUUGUUGGUGAAUGGUGUGGCAAGAUUCCCUCUCAACUCCGUCAUCGAGAGUGCAACUAUCAGAGAAGUGCUUCGCGACGACGCGAUUGCCAAUAACGGACAGAUAGACAACUCACUCACCAUUGAUCCAUCGGGCUUAGUCGUGACAGCCCGGACUGAAGCUUGUCCGGCAUAUCGCUGUCAAAAUGGAGGCGAUUGUACACGAACUGGAAGUUUCCCAGAUUAUGUGUAUACGUGCGAGUGCCCGGAUGGUUACACGGGAACCUCCUGCGAGGAAACAGAUGAACCUGGGAACGGAGGAAUCAUUGCCACUGUCACUACAGCCGGUGCACUCCUGUUAUGCAGCAUUGUUGUCAUGCUAUGCGCUUGCGUUAUCAAGGCAGGUCGCUCUGCUUCUCAACGACGUAGACGUUUUGCACAACAGGAUAUGGACCAUGCCAGACAGCGUUAUCGCUACGGAGUGAGGAAUUGGACUCGUCCUGCUAUCAUGCCCCGCACCAUCUCGGCAAUGGACGAUGGAUCAAUGGACGACGCACGCGCAUUCUAUGGGGCCUAUGACUAUAGUACUAACUAUCGUAGAGAGGACGGCUUCUCGGGGCCUUACUCUCCAUACAUGAUACCAGGCCCAGCACUGAUGCGCAGAAUGGAUCAAGAAAUGAUGAGAGACGAUUUCUUAUACUGAAUAUAGCCAUAAUGCAACUAAAUACUACGUGUCAACCAAAAACAUGUCCUACUUUUUUGAUCAUAAAUAACUCUGUUGUUUACCAACAGAAUCCAACCAUUGUGAUUUAGAUCAUGUAACAAGGCAUGACACAUUUUAUGGAGUGAGUUUGAUCAGCU